GAAUAUGGCGGCGGCCCGGGCGGUGGAAGAAAUGCGGAGCCGCGUGGUUCUAGGAGAGUUCGGGGUUCGCAAUGUUCAUACCACCGACUUCCCUGGUAACUAUUCCGGUUAUGAUGAUGCCUGGGACCAGGAACGCUUCGAGAAGAAUUUCCGUGUAGAUGUGGUACACAUGGAUGAAAACUCACUGGAGUUUGACAUGGUGGGAAUCGAUGCAGCCAUUGCUAAUGCUUUUCGACGCAUUCUAUUAGCUGAGGUGCCAACCAUGGCUGUGGAAAAAGUUCUGGUGUACAACAACACGUCCAUUGUCCAGGAUGAGAUUCUUGCUCAUCGGCUGGGGCUCAUUCCCAUUCUUGCAGAUCCUCGUCUUUUUGAGUAUCGGAACCAAGAAGAUGAAGAAGGCACAGAAAUAGAUACACUCCAGUUCCGGCUGCAAGUCAGGUGUACUCGAAACCCCCAUGCUUCUAAAGAUUCCUCAGACCCCAAUGAACUCUAUGUAAACCACAAAGUGUACACCAGGCACAUGACAUGGGUGCCUCUGGGGAACCAGGCUGAUGUCUUCCCAGAGGGUACUAUCCGACCAGUGCAUGAUGAUAUUCUCAUUGCUCAGCUACGGCCUGGACAGGAGAUUGAUCUGGUCAUGCACUGUGUCAAAGGCAUUGGCAAAGAUCAUGCCAAGUUUUCGCCUGUAGCAACAGCCAGUUACAGGCUCCUGCCGGACAUCACCCUGCUUGAGCCUGUGGAAGGAGAGGCAGCUGAGGAGCUGAGGCAGUGCUUCUCACCUGGUGUUAUAGAGGUGCAGGAAAUUCAAGGUAAAAAGGUGGCCAGAGUUGCCAAUCCCCGACUGGACACCUUCAGCAGAGAAGUCUUUCGGAAUGAGAAGCUGAAGAAGGUUGUUCAGUUGGCACGAGUUCGGGAUCAUUACAUCUUCUCUGUCGAGUCCACAGGGGUAUUGCCACCAGACGUGCUGGUGAGUGAAGCCAUCAAAGUCCUGAUGGGAAAGUGCCGGCGGUUCCUGGAUGAACUAGAUACAGUUCAGAUGGACUGAG